AUGGUCAAGUCAUACUUGAAGUAUGAGUAUUCAAAGUCGUUCGGAGUUGUAACUUCUAGUACAUCGAACCUCCUUUGGACACAGCAGAACCGCUCCAGUACCGGUGCUGGUCAAGCGCUUGUUGCGGCGAACGAAGAGCUCCUAUGCUGGGACAUUAAGACGGGAGAUGUUGUUGAACGAUGGAGAGAUGAGAAAUGCUCUGCUCAGGUGACUGCCAUUGCCCAAAGUCAGAUCAAUGAAGACCUAUUCGCUGCCGGCUACGAGGAUGGCAGCGUCCGACUAUGGCGGAGCAAAGACCCGAGUCCCUUCAUAACAUUCAAUGGACAUCGUUCGGCCAUAACAGUCCUAGCGUUCGAUCGAUCCGGUGUCCGACUUGCGAGUGGUUCGAAAGACACCAAUGUUAUUAUCUGGGAUCUGGUCGCAGAAGUCGGCCAGUUCAAGCUACGAGGACAUAAGGACCAGAUAACGGGACUGCAGUUCGUAGAACCGCAAGAGGAAGUGCAAAAAGGAGAAGAUUCUGAGGCCAUGGUUCUUGACGGUGUAGGCGACUCUUCGUCCGAAGGCUUCCUGCUUACUACUGGAAAAGAUGCGCUGAUUAAACUCUGGGAUUUGGGGUCGAGGCACUGCAUUGAAACGCACAUAGCGCAAACUAAUGGCGAGUGUUGGGCAUUGGGACUUUCUCCAGACUAUAGCGGAUGCAUAACUGCUGGCAAUUCUGGCGAACUGAAGGUCUGGGCUCUCGACGCCACUUUGCUCGCCGCGUCGAGACAGAAAGUCGAUAUUCCUGUUAAUACUCAAUAUCUGCGAGAUCGAGGGACCCUAUUUCGACAUGGAAAAGACAAAGCUACCGAGGUUGUGUUUCACCCCCGCCGGGACUACUUCGCCGUACACGGUUCAGAGAAAUCUGUUGAGAUAUGGAGGAUACGCACCGAAGCCGAAAUCAAGAAGAGCCUAGCAAGAAAGAAGAAGAGAAGAAGGGAGAAGCUUGCGCAGAAAAAGGGUAGUAACACAAAUGGCGACGUCCAAGUAGAUGAGGAAGACGACCAGGACGAGGAUAUUAGCAGUGCUGACAUUAACGACGCUUUUGCCCAGCACCUUAUCAUUCGGACAGGUGGAAAAGUGAAAUCUGUCGAUUGGGCUGAUAUUCACGGCAAGAAGAAGCUCCAAUUGCUAGUCGGUACAACAAAUAACCAGCUGGAAAUGUUCAAUAUGCCUCUAAAAGAGAAGAGUAAAAAGUCAAAGCAGGAAGACAUCCCUGAUUACGAGAGAGCCUUAUCCAUUGAGAUUCCUGGCCAUCGAGCGGAUAUACGGUCGUUAGCUCUUAGCUCUGACGACAAAUGGCUCGCCUCAGCGUCCAACGGAGGCCUCAAGAUCUGGUCGAUGCUGACACAGAAAUGUGGCAAAACCUUGGAGUGCGGGUAUGCUCUAUGUUGUGCAUUCUUACCCGGAGAUAAACUUGUCGUCAUUGGUACAAAAAGCGGCGACAUUGAACUAUUCGAAGUGGCUACAGGUACUUUGCUAGAUAGCGUUACUGCACACGAAGGCGCGAUUUGGUCCUUACAAGUUCAUCCGGACGGUAGGUCAAUCGUAUCUGGAAGUGCGGACAAGUCGGCCAAGUUCUGGAAGGUCCAGGUGGUGCAAGAGGAAGUCCUAGGAACGACUCGGACUACAUCACGUUUGAAGUUAUCACAUUCGCGAACAUUAAAGGUUUCAGAUGACAUCCUAAGCCUUAAGUUUUCACCAGAUGCGAGGCUCCUGGCUGUUGCUCUAUUGGAUAGCACGGUGAAGGUGUUCUUCGUAGACUCCCUCAAAUUAUAUCUCAAUCUCUACGGACACAAGCUGCCGGUCCUAGAUAUGGAUAUCUCAUACGAUAGCAAGCUGAUUGUUACAUGCUCGGCGGAUAAGAAUAUUAGGAUAUGGGGACUUGAUUUCGGAGAUUGUCACAAAGCAUUGUUGGGACACCAGGACAGUAUUCUCCAGGUCAAGUUUCUGCCGAACAACCGCGAAGGCAAUGGUCAUCACUUCUUUAGUGCUAGUAAAGACCGAACGAUAAAAUACUGGGAUGGCGAUAAGUUUGAACAAAUACAGCGACUUGAUGGUCAUCACGGAGAAAUAUGGGCCCUAGCGAUUAGCCAAAGUAGCGAGCCACCAUUCAUCGUUAGUGCCAGCCACGACAAGAGCAUUCGAACCUGGGAAGAAACAGAUGAGCAGAUAUUCCUCGAGGAAGAGAGGGAAAAGGAGAUCGAGGAGCUGUAUGAGAGCACGUUAACAAAAUCCCUAGAGCAAGAUCUGGAUGCAGACGACGAUAACGGGGAGAUUGGAGCCGCGACAAAGCAAACAUCAGAAACGCUGAACCAUGGCGAACGAAUCGCGGAGGCAUUAGAGCUCGGCAUGGCUGAUUUGCACGUUAUGCGGGAAUGGGAAGAGGCCAAAGCGUUAAAUCCGAAUAUUGCGCCACCGCAGCGCGAUACGAUGUUUUUGGCCCACGGCGGAAUUAGUGCUGAAGAAUACGUUAUGAAGAUACUUCAGAGACCGGCAGCAUCUGCACUGAACGAUGCGCUCCUCGUUCUUCCGUUCGCUUCAGUCCCUAUACUCUUCACAUUCCUUAACCUUUUCGCUAUGAGGUCGAUGAACAUUCCUCUGACGUGUAGGAUCUUGUUCUUCAUGCUAAAGACACAUCACCGUCAAAUAGUAGCCAGCAGGACUAUGCGAGUGAUGCUAGACGGGAUAAGAUCAAACCUACGAAAAGCUCUCCAGACACAAAAGGACGAGAUGGGGUACAAUAUAGCAGCACUCAAGAUCGCGGGCAUGCAGAUUCAGGAUAAGGGAAUUAAAGACUACGUGGACGAAAACUGGGAUGACGGGACCGGAGCUCAGAACGUUAAGAAGCGGGCUUUUUUCGGCUUCGGUCAAUCCAACCCAACCUACCAACUCACCUCCCCCAACAAAACCCGCUACGUCCUGCGCAAAAAACCCGUCGGCAAACUCCUCUCGCAAGCCGCCCACAAAGUCGAGCGCGAGCACCGCGUCAUCGCCGCCCUCCAACACACCCCCGUCCCCGUCCCCCGCGCCUACACCCUCUGCGAAGACCCAUCCGUCCUCGGCACGCCCUUCUACAUCAUGUCCUUCGUCGACGGACGCAUCAUCCACGACCCAAGCAUGCCCGCGCCCCACGCCCAGACCCCCGCCGAGCGCGAAGCCCUCUGGCGCGCCGCCGUCGAGAGCCUAGCCGCCCUGCACAGCGUCGACCCGGAUGCCGUAGGCCUGGCCACGUUCGGGAGGAAAGGCGGCUUCUACGCGCGCCAGCUGGCCACCUGGACGCACAUCUGCGAUAUCCAGGCUCGCACUACGGAUGUCGAUUCCCAGGAGGCGGUGGGCCCGAUACCGCAUAUGGACGAGUUGGUGGCGUUUUUCGCCGACGAGGCGCUGCGGCCGCGCGACAGGGCUACGCUCGUGCACGGCGACUACAAGAUCGACAACGUGGUGUUUGCGCCCGGGGAGCCGCGCGUGGCGGGCAUUUUGGACUGGGAGAUGAGCACGAUUGGACACCCGCUGUCGGACCUGGCCAACCUGCUGAACCCCUUUUACCUUGUUUCGUUAUCGCAGUUGCCGACUUUUGCCCCGUCGUCAUCGUCGUCUUCUUCUUCUUCGAAAGACGGGGUUCCGAGUCAGAGCGAGGCUAUAGCAGCUAUAACCAACGCCGGUUUCCUCCCCGGCGCCACGCCCGGCCUUCCUACCCCCGCCGCGGUGUUAUCUUGGUACGCGGCGGCCGCGGGCUGGGAUCCACGACCCGACGAAGUAGCUUGGGCCUGCGCGUUCAGCGUGUUCCGGCUCGCGGCCAUCUGCCAGGGUAUCGCGGCGCGUGUCGCUACGCGUCAGGCCAGUAGUGCCGAUGCUCGUCGACACGCUGCUGCUGUACGACCGCUCGGCGAGUUUGCGUGGGAGCUGGUGAGGAAGGAGAAGGAGAGGCGGAAAGCUACGUCUGGUAGUGGCGCGAAGCUAUGA